AAGCCAGGCAAGAGAUGGAGAAGAGAGGAAGUCAUUUUGUGCUCGUCCAUGGAUCGUGUCAUGGAGCUUGGUGUUGGUAUAAGGUGGCCGCUCAACUGAAGUCAACGGGACAUAAGGUCACAGCUCUGGACAUGGCUGCUUCCGGUGUACACCCGAAGAAGGUUCAUGAAGUCAGUUCAGUUUCUGACUACGCUGAGCCACUCUCGGAUUUCAUGGCGUCCCUCCCACCAGAGGAGAAGGUCAUUCUAGUGGGUCACAGCGCGGGUGGAGUAUGCACCUCUCUGGCCAUGGAAAUGUUUCCUCAGAAGAUUUCUGUUGGGGUCUUCGUCGCAGCAUUUAUGCCUGGUCCUGACUUGAGCUUCUCUACCAUAAAUGGAGAGUACGGUCGAAGCAUAGACUCUUUCAUGGACACACAAUUUACGUCUGAUCAGGGGCCUGGCCACCCUCCCACAGCCGCAAUCUUUGGCCCCAAAUUCUUGGAAUCCAAAUUGUACCAGCUUUCCCCUCUAGAGGAUUUGGUUCUCGCGCGGUCAUUGGUGCGACCGGUCAGUCUGUCAACCACUGCAUUAUCGUCGGAAGAAGAACUGACCAAAGAGAAAUAUGGAUCGGUUCGCAGAGUCUACAUUGUGACCAAGGAAGACAAUGUGGUGAAGCCUAAUUUGCAAGAGUGGAUGAUCGAGAACAACCCCGUCAAUGAGGUAAAGGUGAUAAACGGUUCUGAUCACAUGGUGAUGUUCUCUAAGCCACUCGAGCUCCGCUCCUGCCUCCAGGAGAUUGCUGAGAAAUACUAUUAGAAAGAACAAAAAAUCAUAAUUAGGUGAUAAAUAAUACAACUACCUUGGUAUUAAGGUAAUAAUUAAGUGAUAAACUGUGUCAUGCACGGCAGUACUUCAAAUAACU